AUGACUUGGUCCCUGAAAGCUGUUGCGCCCCUGGCAGCCCUCGUGGCCCUUGGCGAAGCCUCGACUCCUGCAGGCCACGUGCAUGCCGUGGAACCUGUGUCCUCGCACCUGCAGCGUCGUGGUCCAGCUGUUUUCGCGCCUGAUUGGCAACCCGAUGUUGAGAACUGGGGCCCAAUCCCGGAGGUGAUCAGCGCAGCCUCCUCACUGCAGGGUAGCAUCGAGCCAGGAACGAAGACGCCUGUAACGUCGGAUGCUCUUCAAAACGACAUCACGUCGCAAGCUCUGCUUGACCGCUCCGAGGAUCUCCAGGCCAUAGCAUACCAGACUACCGGGCGAAACCGUGUCUUCGGCAGCCCAGGCCACAACUUCACGGCUCUAUAUCUCUAUGAGCUUGUGUCCCAGCUGGGGCUGCCGGUGCUGCUGGAGCACCGGCCAGAGGGGCCUUACCCUCCAACGGCUGCCAUCUCCCAAGCGGCUGGCCAGGCCCUUGUGUCGCUUCUCGCCGCAGGUGAGGUCAUUGGUGACCUUAAUGUGAACUCCAUCAUCGAAGAUCGCGUUACCAUGAAUGUCAUCGCCCAGACCAAGUCCGGUGACCCCGACAAUGUCAUCUUCGUCGGUGCCCACGCAGACUCCGUCGAAGCCGGGCCCGGAAUCAACGACGACGGCUCGGGCACUGUGGGCAUCCUCGAGGUUGCCCUGCAGCUCGCCAAGUACGAGGUCACCAACGCGGUCCGCUUCGCCUGGUGGUCCGCCGAGGAGUUCGGCCUGCUGGGCUCCGAGUACUACGUCAACCAGUCGACGCCCGAGGACCUCGACAAGAUCCGCCUGUACCUCAACUUCGACAUGAUCGCCUCGCCCAACUACAAGCUCUCCAUCUACGACGGCGACGGGUCCGCCUUCAACCUCAGCGGCCCCCCCGGCUCCGCCGAGGCCGAAGCCCUGUUCGAGAACUACUUCGAGAGCAAGGGACUGCCCUCCCAGCCGACCGAGUUCAACGGCCGCUCCGACUACGGGCCCUUCCUGGAGGUCGGCGUCGCCGCGGGCGGCCUGUUCACCGGCGCGGAGCAGAUCAAGACCGAGGCCGAGGCUGCGCUGUACGGCGGCACGGCCGGCAUCGCCUUUGACGAGAAUUACCACAAGGUCGGCGACACGGUGGACAACCUUAACCUGGAGGCCUUCCUGAUCAACAGCCGCGCCAUUGCUCACGCGGUUGCGACCUAUGCCACCUCUUUUGACACUCUCCCUCCUCGCAGCGCCAGGAUUGUGCGACGUGAUGCGUAUAACCCCAAGACAAAGGCUUCGGGAUGCCACCAUAAGCAUGAGGAGCCGGUCGCUAAGUAG